CUGUCACAUAUUCAGAUGGCCAAGAUGUUUGUGGAUGAGCGGAUCUUAACUUUAUUUAAAAGGAAUGCCCAUCACACACUGACCUAUUGGAGUGUUUUCUUCAGCUUUGGACUCUGUAUUGCUUUCCUUGGACCUACAAUUUUGGACUUGCAAUGUCAAACAAACUCAACACUUAAUCAGAUUACCUGGGUGUUCUUUUCCCAGCAGUUCUGCUUGUUGAUUGGUAGCUCUGUUGGUGGUGUCUUCAAAAGGACGUUGUUCAGUGCUCUAGCUGCCUUAUUUGUCUCUACUCUCAUCAUCUCUGUAAUAUUUGCCAUCAUCCCUCUGUGCAAUAAUGUUCUCCUGCUUGCCGUCGCCAUGGCUGUGUCUGGGUUGGCAAUGGGCAUUAUUGACACCAUCGCUAAUAUUCAGCUGGUAACCAUCUAUCAGAAAGACUCCGCUGUUUUCUUACAGGCUCUUCAUUUCUUCAUUGGGUUCGGAGCCCUGGUGAGCCCAUUGAUUGCAGAUCCUUUCCUUUCAGAGACGGGCUGUGGGAAUCACACAGGGAAUGGGACUGAGACCAUGCAUCAUUUCAGGAACAUGCUGAGAAACAGUCCGAUUGCAGAGCACAACAUAACUCAGAGCCACCUUCCCCAUGAGGGAGGGGAAGAGGAGUCCAGUGUGCACUAUGCCUUCUGGAUCAUGGCGCUUAUCAAUCUUCCCGUGCCCAUUGCAGUCCUGUUCCUGAUGUAUCGGGAGCAGCUGAUCCCAUGUUGCCCCAGCACCACUCCUCGUCUCCUGGACAAAGAUGAAUUAGCAAUGGAGAACCAGCAGGGGGCCGAGGGCCCGGACGUGGAGCAUGAACAUGAAGCUGGAGGUCAUGGGGAUAUCUUUAGCUGCUGUCAGAAUGAUAACCUGCGUGGGCUGCCAGUAUCCUUCUUUAUGAUUCAUAUCCUUGGUGGGAUGGUGCUCUUCAUGACCGAUGGUAUUGUGGGCGCAUAUGCCGGCUUUGUAUACACCUAUGGUGUGGCUCCACCUAUGUCACUGCCUCAUAAGACAGCAGGUUACCUAGCUAGUAUCUUUUGGGCAGCGAUCACUGCUGGUCGUCUGUUGUCCAUUCUUCUCUCAUACCAUUUCCAGCCUGUGAGACUGCUUAUGUUCAACCUGGCAGGUGCUAUAGUUACUGUGUUGAUGCUCCUUAUUUUCUACACAAGCAGCAUCUUUCUGUUUGUCGGGACCUGUUUAUGUGGGCUUUUCCUCAGCAGCAUAUUCCCCUGUAUGCUUGCCUAUACGGAAGACAUCCUUGAUUAUCGGGGAUGUGCAACUACAGUCCUGGUGACAAGUGCAGGGAUGGGAGAGAUGGUAAUGCAGGUCCUGGUUGGCUCAAUUAUCCAGACAAAAGGGAGCUACAGCUUCCUGCUGUGUGGAAUGAUAAUCGCCUGCGCUGGUUUUAUCCUCUUCAUUGGUCUCCUGCUGUUUCAUCAAAUGCACAGAAAUUACCUCACAGGAACAGCAAAAACGUCAGCCAUGGUGCAGGAACCAGCAACCAAGGAGAGCAAAACAGAACAGAAGGAGGAGAAAGAGAGCAGCUGAGAGAGGCAGCAGCUGUGUUUUGUCCUUUACUGGCCACUGUAGGGGAAGUAUUACAACAAUCUAUCAUCUAAGACUGUUUUACUAAAGCUAAAGUAAAUAGUGUGCUACUGUUGGAUGUUGUAGGUCAAACUCUUAGAUUGUUUCUCUGUUUUGUAAAUCACAAACAGUGUUGACAUGUUAAAUCAUGGACAUAUUGUGGAUUGGUGUUAUGUUUUAUAUUUCAUCAUGGUUUGACAUUCACCAUACAAGGUUUAUGAUUAUGAUUUCUCUUUAAAAUACUUGACUCUUUGUUUUUAAAUGUAAUCUUUUGUUCCAUGUGUUUUUGCAUAUCUUUUGGCAUAUGUACAUGGACAUAUAUGAACUGUAUAAUAUGUGUAUUAAAACAAUUAGUCUAAUAUGGUCA